AUGCAGCUUCCGCACUUCCUUCUCCUCGCCGGCGCACUCGGUGCGGCCGCCCACCCAUCGGGUCAUAUGCACCUUCAUCGCAACCUUCAUACUAAGCGUGACGGCCCCGUUUUUGUCAAGAAUGUCCACAGCCGUCCCACCGUCAAGGCAACCUCGACGACGGUGGCACCUGCCCCCGCGGCGUCCACUCCGUCUGUGAAGUCCACUGAGACCUCUGCCACCGAAAGCACCUCCGACUCCAAUGAAUACAUCGCCUUCUGUGGUGGCGGCGCCUCGUCGAAGCGCGCGACAUACGCACAGAUCAUGUACACGGGCAACACAGGCACCGCAAACGGCUGCGCCUGGAACUCCAACCUGAUGGUGGUACCAAACAAUAUCGCCGACAAGUAUCAAUACGUUCAGGAGUACACCAACGUCGCAUCCGAGCCAUACCAGGUUAUCUGCGCCAACAAGAUGGGCGCCGACGGCCAGCUCACGGGCAUGUUCAAGGUUGACGGCCAGAACCCGCUGAUCUUCACGCUCAAGCCCGGCGAGACCAAGACUGUGGUUGCCGACGCCAACACGCAGGGAGUCUGCGCCUUUGCCCCGAACGAGGUCCCCACUACCAAGUACGGCCAAUAUGCUGGUGUCUGGGCUGAAUUCGACUUUGCCAACACCAGCAACAACGGAUGGUCUGGCGCCGACUGCUCCUCUCUGGUGGCUCAGGCUUACGACAUGGAUGUUCCCGGCUGCCGCAUGUCGCAGGGCGGCGUCGACUCAACCAUCUACCCCGGCGGCAAGGGCGACAACGCUUACACGAAGGGCAUGGAGGAUCUCGAUGGUAUUGGGCUCAACAUUCCUGCUGGAAAGACCACGGUCAAGGUUCUCGUUGGCUUUUCUGGCUAG